CUCCUAUUGGUUGACAUAUGAGUAUAACUGUACGCUAUUGGUCAACAGUCAUUUGGUUUUUCUUCCGUGCGGAAAUACUUACUACUCAGGGCGACCGCUCGACUGGCUGUUCAACAGGUGCGAGGACCGAGCAUCACUGACAAUGUCCUUCAGGGAUUUGAGAAAUUUUACAGAAAUGAUGAGGGCGUUGGGUUAUCCUCGUUUGAUAUCCAUGGAGAACUUCAGAACACCUAACUUCAACCUGGUGGCAGAAAUCAUGAUAUGGCUUGUGAAAAGAUAUGAACCUCAAAUGGAUAUUCCCGCAGAUGUGGACACAGAAUCCGACAGAGUAUUCUUCAUCAAGGCCGUGGCUCAGUUUAUGGCGACUAAAGCUCACAUCAAGCUGAACACCAAGCGCCUCUACCAGGCUGAUGGCUACGCCGUCAAGGAGAUGCUGAAGGUCACCUCGGUGCUCUACAGCGCCAUGAAGACCAAGCAGAUGGGCCUGGAGGAACAAGUGGAGGAGGACGGCAGCAAGUUCAAAUUUGAUAUUAGCUCACGGAUUUCAGACCUUAAAGAAGCUCGACAGUUGGCGUCUGAGGUCACGUCUAAAGGAGCGACGCUUUACGAUUUACUGGGCAAGGAGGUGGAACUCAGGGAAAAGAGAACCGCCGCCAUUGCAAGACCGCUGGAGAUCGAUGGCACCGAGAGGGCCCUCAGAGCCGCCAUCAAAGAGGCCUUUGAAACGGUGGAGAAGACCAAAGAGAUGUUGAAUAAUAUUGCUUCUGACGAGGCCAGUUUGGAUGCCAAGGUAGAAAAGAAACAACAGGAACUGGAGAGAAGUCGAAAGAGGCUCCAGACGCUGCAAAGCGUGCGACCAGCGUUCAUGGAUGAAUACGAGAAGAUCGAAGAAGAACUCCAGAAGCAAUAUGAGAUCUACGUGGCCAAGUUCAAAAACCUUUGUUUCCUCGAGUCUCAGCUGGAAGAUUAUCAUCAGCUGGAGCAGGAGAGGUUUGAGGAGACGGAGAACACUCUUAGGAUGAUGCAGCAAAAUCUGAAGGAAGAGGAUCGGGAUCUCAUGAGGAGCUCAUUGAAAGAUGUGGACUCUGACAUGGACGUCCUUGAGGACGAAGCGGACAUGGACAGUGACUUGGAAGAGUCCCGGCCCUCCAAUCCACGGCCCACUCGAAAUGGCAUGAUGGCUGCCAAACAGACCAGCGAUUUGUUCAGAAGAGGGGCAAGAUUCAUCGGGAACAUGCAAGGUGGUGACAGCGACGAGUCCGAAGACAGUGAGAUCGAGGUGGACGAAGACGACGACGACGAAGAAGGUGAGGACGAGAGCAAAGCGUUGGACGAUGACAGUUUGGAAGACCCCGUGUCGAGGGCCACUCGCUCCUCCAAGGGACGCGUGAGACCGCCUCUGUCUGAGGAGAGCGACAACGAUUUCUGAUUUUUAGAAACUUUCAUUCGCAUUGUAUACAUCGUAUUGUAAAUUGUAUAGCACGGGAUAUUGUAGUAAUAAUAAUAAUAAUAAUUCAUGUGAAUUUUCUAAUUAAAG